CAAUCUGUGCUCUACUGGCUUUGUCUGUACGCUUUUUGGCAGGAUGUGUUGCACUCUAUGGUUGAACACAGCUACAAAUCUAAAGUGACGUUAUAUAUUACCCUCUUUUCGGGAAUAAACAAAAAUAGUCCACACUGUAUUUAUAUAAACCCGAAAAUAAAACCAGCACUGAAUAUUUAAGUGAGGUUCCUGCUGCUUAAGUGUCCCAACCACUGAUCUAUUCUCUAUGAUAGAUCAGUGGUCCCAACGUAACUUACUUAUUUUACCUGAUAUCUACGAUUUCAAGGAGUAUAUUCGGACACAAAUAUGAGAAUGAUGGCGUGGCAGUAGCAGUGGUGGUCUGGUUGUGUGUGAGCCGGUGGACGGCUCUGGGUCUGGUGUGAGAGGGUCGGCGUGAGGAAGAGUUUGUGGAGAUGAAGGUGGGACAGAAGAACUCUGUGUGUAUCCUGUCCAGUCGAGAGCGAGGAGCACGAGGACUUUCCUCACACAGGAUCCUACAGCAGCUUGUGGAGGAAAAGACACAGCGCAUGAAAUGGCAAAGCCAGAAAGUGGAGUUACCAGACAGUCCCCGCUCGACCUUUCUUCUGGCCUUCAGUCCCGACAGGUCUUUAAUGGCCUCAACCCAUGUGAACCACAACAUCUACAUCACAGAGGUUAAGACAGGAAAGUGUGUUCAUUCUCUAGUGGGUCACCGCCGGACACCCUGGUGCCUGACCUUUCACCCUAGCAUUCCUGCCCUUAUUGCCUCAGGGUGCCUGGAUGGAGAGGUUCGAAUCUGGGACCUGCAUGGAGGCAGCGAGAGCUGGCUCACAGAGAGUAACUCAGCAAUUGCAUCCCUUGCUUUCCAUCCUACUGCUCAGCUGCUGCUUAUUGCCUCCAACAAUGAGCUGCAUCUAUGGGACUGGAGUCGGAAGGAGCCCUUUACUGUGGUGAAGACUGCUAGUGAGACAGAAAGAGUCAGGUUGGUGAGAUUUGAUCCAUUGGGUCACUAUAUUCUAACUGCCAUUGUAAACCCUUCAAACCAACAGAAUGAUGAUGAUCCUGAGAUUCCAAUGGACAGUGUGGAGAUGCCUCAUCUCCGUCAGCGCUUUUUCCUCCAGUCCCAGCCUGUAAGACGCACGCCCAUCUUGCACAAUUUUUUGCACAUCCUCACUUCCCGCAACUCGGUCCCUCAGUCUGGGGGCACUUUCGCUGCUUCCAGUGAUGAGGCCUCUGAUUCGUCUGAGCGUUACUCUGUUUUGAGGGAUCGAUCUCAGCUGCCACACCAUGGUUGCGUUCAGCCACUCGGAAUCAUGUGUUUCUGUAGCCGUUGUUCAUCAACACAGGUUUCGUCUCCGCCUGACGAAGACACCUCAGACUCCGCCUCCUUGGAGGGACAAUCACAUGCAUCUACCUUUUCGUCUGCGCGCACAGAGCCGCGAAUACCACGGUUUCCUGUUGAAUCUCAAGCUUCAAAUCGGCCCUCGGCAUAUAGUUCUGUGUAUGGUGGUGGGAGCAACGUGCGGAACACAUCUUCUAGCUCUGGGAGGAGGGGAGUGGCUGGAAUGGCACCCAUUCCACCUUUCCGGCAGCAACCACCAGGCAGAGAAGAUGGAGGCCGUCUCACUGGGGCAGAUUGGAUAGGCUCUGUGCUUAAUGGACGAGGUAGCAGUAUGACAACACCCAGAACCAGCGCUUCCUCUUUCAGCCUGCAUUCUGUCCUGCGACAGCAAGGGACUUCUAGCCAGUCACCUGUUUACACCUCAGCUAGUGAUGGAUGGGGCCUUUCUCAUAGCAGCGGCAGCACAUCAGGAACCAGGUCUAGCAGGCAGCGCCCUCCAGAGGAACCGGGGCACAGCAGCCCUUCUUUCAUCCGCAAUGUUCUUCAGUGUAACCUUAACCACUAUUUCAUGGAGUGUGAGGGAAUGCAGGACCUUGCGCAGCCUCAAGAGGGCAACAGGCAGGACCAGCAGACUCGGGAAAUGCUGAAUAACAACAUGGACCCAGAGCAACCAGGUCCAUCUCAUUACCAGCCACUCAACGGUGGCGAAAACCCUUCACGCAGUCACAUGAACCGCUGUAGAGUCUGCCACAACCUUUUCACCUACAAUCAGGGUACUAGGCGAUGGGAGAGAACAGGACAGCCAACAUCUGCUGAGAGAAAUGCAGCUUUGCAACACACUAGUCCUGCCCUCCACAGCGUAGCCCCACUCUCUCAUUCUGAUCAUGACCUACUUGAACGCAGACCCAUGGAGCCCAGCCCAGACGCCCCAGAGCCUCAUGUUCCCUUUUCCCGCAGCACAGUUACUGGUCCGCAGGAGGAGCGGACCAUUGGGCUGGUCUUCAACCAGGAAACUGGACAACUAGAGCAUGUUUACAGGCAGUCUGCCACCUCUCGCUCUACAAAUGUAUCACAAGAAGCCUUAAACCAGGAAAUGCCUGAAGACACACCAGAUGACGAUUACUUACGCAGGAGGCUGCUGGAGUCAUCCAUGAUGUCUCUUUCCAGAUAUGAUGUCUCUGGAUCACAAGACCACCCCAUCUAUCCCGAUCCGGCCAGGUUGUCGCCUGCAGCAUAUUACGCACAACGUAUGAUCCAGUAUCUGUCACGGCGUGACAGCAUUCGCCAGCGCUCUCUGCGCCCCCCCAGCAGACCCCGACCCCUGUCCUCCAAUCCCAGCAGCCUCUCCCCUGGCCCUGCCCCCAGCGUGGAGAACAACGAAGUUGACUUUGAGGAGUUCGAGGACAAUGUAAGCAGACAUAGGGCUCCUCGUAAUGCACGGAUGUCUGCCCCCUCCCUUGGUCGCUUUGUGCCCAGGCGGUUCCUCUUGCCGGAGUUUUUGCCGUAUGCUGGAAUCUUCCAUGAGCGAGGGCAGCCUGGCCUGGCUACACACUCAUCCGUCAAUAGGGUCCUCGCAGGUGCUGUUAUUGGGGACGGUCAAUCUGCAGUGGCCAGCAACAUAGCCAACACAACGUAUCGUCUACAGUGGUGGGACUUCACCAAAUUCGACUUGCCCGAGAUCAGUAAUGCAUCAGUAAAUGUGUUGGUGCCCAACUGUAAGAUCUACAAUGACGCGAGCUGUGAUAUCUCUGCGGACGGGCAACUGCUAGCUGUAUUCAUUCCCAGCAGUCAGAGGGGUUUCCCUGAUGAGGGCAUCUUGGCUGUGUACUCCCUGGCCCCACACAACCUGGGAGAGAUGCUCUACUCCAAGAGAUUUGGUCCAAAUGCCAUCUCUGUCAGUUUGUCUCCGAUGGGUCGUUACGUGAUGGUGGGUCUGGCAUCUCGCCGCAUCUUGCUGCAUCAGAUCACUGAUCACAUGGUGGCACAGGUCUUCAGACUCCAGCAGCCCCACGGAGGAGAGACAUCCAUGAGGAGGGUGUUUGAUGUGGUGUAUCCAAUGGCCCCAGACCAGAGGAGACACAUCAGUAUAAAUUCUGCACGUUGGCUGCCAGAGCCAGGGCUUGGGCUUGCUUAUGGAACCAACAAAGGAGAUCUGGUCAUCUGCCGACCUGUGUGAGUCUCCGAUCCAUCCCUUCAUGGCUCCCUCAGCCCUCUUUUGUGGGUCACAAAUCACUUUUUUCCCCCUUUUUGUUGCAUUAAAGAACAAAAGAGCUGCUGUAAGAAUUUUUUUUUUUAAAGAAAGGUUUACGAAACCCAGCUGGACUCCAAGAUAAUUGCUUGCCAAACAUAAUGAGCCCUUUACUCAUCUGUUGUGGGUUAACAUUAAAUGAGAGAUGAUCUGUAAUCUCACCAUAACCAUGGUAAAACAACUUGCGAUAUAAAUGGUGUGCAUAUAAAAGCAUUUUAAAUGUUGAACUCACUCUGUCUUCCCUCUGUUUUUGUUUUCCUGGUGAGAACUUACCUGUUUUAUGUUUAUGUAAAUGAAUGUCAUACAUCUCAAAAAAAAAUUUGGUUCUGUCAGUUCUUCAGCAGUUUUAAAAGAAGUUUUCCUGCAAGUGUUUGUUAGCGAAACAGAGACUAAUUAAUUCACUUCAAGGAUAACUUCCCUCCACUGUAUUUGGAUGUAUAAUUUGCAGCUUGGCUGUGGAUGUAGCUUUUCUGUAAGUUUGUCAUAAUUAUCAUCAUGGUUGCCAUGGAUACUAAAAAGCCCUCGUUGCUGCAAAUCAUUGUCUCUACAAUGUAAACAUGCUCGCACUUCAUUAAUGCAAACAGUUUGCUAAUUAGAGUAAGCAGAAAAUGCAUCAUACGCAAACUCUCAGCCUUAUUUGUACUUUAUGUACUCAGUUCUCAUUGAAUGUAAUGUUGUGUGCCUUGGACAUAAAAAAGCCAAUGGCUCGGCUUCAGUCGUGCUCUUUAUACAAACCUCUACGCACUCCCAUAUAGACCUGUCACGAUUAUUAAUUAAAGAAGUUUGAUUAUUUGAUCCAA